AUGGAUUAUGCUUUUAUAAAAUUUGAUUUUAUACGUGUUUGCUGUUGGGAUCAAAUGCAGAACUACACAAUUUUGAUGCAGAACCAAACAAAUAAUAGUGCUAAAACGCAGGGUAAUUUGGUCAAAACUCACCCUCCUAAAAGUCAAGCUUCUUUCAAUGCUUCACAGAAAUCUGACAAACAAUCUAAGCGUUCAUCUCUAGAUGAGAAAACUGAAAUUAGUGUGUAUGAUUAUUGCCCUACAAGUUUCCCAGUUCCUUCUUCUCCAAAAAGGAAAGAUGUGUUUGACAGUUCGUUAGCAGCAGAUCAAAGAAAUUCUUAUAAAAGAACUCAUGAAAGUGCUUCUAAAGCUGAGAAAUUAAAAAUACAUUCAGAAUAUAAGCUCGCGUCAGAAACCUUAGCAAAGAGGCAUAAACAUGAUAGAGGAUACUCAAAGUUGCCACAUUCAAUGAGAAUGCAAGUAGCAGAUAAGAACAAAGAAUCAUCUCGCAAAGAGCAAAAACUAUCUUACAAGAAAGAACUGACAAAAUUAAACGAUUCUCAGUUAAAAGUUCCAGAUGAAUUGCCAAGUUUUGGAGUUGAGAUGCCAGUCAAAGAGAAGUUUUUAAAGAAACUAAACAGACAAGAGCGAGUUGUUGAAGAAGAAAAACUGCCACAAAAGCCUCUGUCACACUCACCUGAUUUCAAUAAGAAGUUUAUUUUGCAAAUUGAUGUUUCAGACUCUGAUAUGGUUUUAGGAGGGCUGGACAAUUUUGUUCUACCGUAUAUUGACGACAUCGCAGUCUUUUCGCCGACUUGGGACAGGCAUAUGAAGGAUUUGGAUGUGGUUUUAGGUCGCCUUCAGGAGGCUAAAUUGACUGUUAAGCCCUCGAAAUGCAAAUUCGCACAAGACCAUGUAAAAUUUCUGGGUCAUGAAGAAGGGUUUGGGAAAAGGUCGCCUAGUGAGGCCAAGAUUCAAGCAAUCAGAGAUUUUCCUAUCCCCACUACUAAAACACAGAUACGUAGCUACCUUGGUACUGUGGGCUACUAUGCAAGGUACAUAAAAGACUACGCCCGUAUUGCGGCACCUUUGACAGACGCUUUGAAAGGGAAAAACAAAAAAGAAAAAGUUAUUUGGACAAAAAGAGUGCGACGAGGCUUUCAAUAA